GCACCAGAACCGCUUCAGAACUUCAGCUAUGGAACAGCUCCAGCUGCUGCAGGUCCUGCUGCUGUGCCUGCUGGGCCUGCAGCGCGGCGCCGCCACGCCCCUGAGCACGCAGUGCGUGGAAGAGUCCUUCUGCACCUUCAACCUGCAGGACGUCCACGGACAGCUGGUCAACCUGCCCAGCCACGUGAACGAGCGCAGCAUCCCCACCUGGAGCUACGUGGAGAACAUCGACCUGAACCGCGUCCCUCAGGUGAUCCACGAGGCCAGCUGCCACAGCAGCCACGCCUGCCCGGGUCUGGACAGCGGCUACAGCCUGGAGACCGUCCCGGUGUCGCUGAGGAUGCCGGUCCUGAAGAAGAACCCCGCCUGCUUCUCCACCACCGGCUACUCCGUGGACUAUGAGCUCAUUACAGUGGCGUGUCUGUGCGUCAUCUCCAGGCACAACUGAGCCGGACCGGACCAGAACUGCACACAAGUUCUGA